CGACGACACCACCACCACGAGCAUCACUCCCGCGGACAGCCAUCGCUUUGCACAUCUCUCUCACCAUUGCACGUCUUACUGUUAGAAAGGAUGUCGCGGAUGACGGGCAAGGUGUGGAAGCAAGCCAAGGGGAAGCGCAAGUCUUGGUACAUCGAGGAUGAUCACAUGGCCGCCGAGCGACAGCAGCUUUGGCUGCAGGCACUCCACGAGGUCGAGGCAGCCGACAAUGCCGCCAUCGUCGACGCCAUCUGGGCAUGGUACAAGAAAUCGUACCGUCGCAGGCGAUCAUGGGAUGUUGCCAUCACUACAGAGGGUCUGAUCCGGUGCUAUGUCGAGCGGCACGGCCCGGGCUUUGCGCGCUUCUUUGCCAGGCACGAUGCGCUCGAUCCCAACGCCUUUGGCCCGCAGUCGUCGUCCCAGAAUGGCGUUCGGUUUGUGGAGCGCGGAUCGCGCGAGUGGUUUGUCCGCCAGGCUGCGACAGGCGCGGCCAGGAGUGACAUUGUCGCAUCGGCCCUCCCAGUACUCACCAUCAGCCUCAAAUACGAUCCGCACCAGAUGGAGCUUCUUCUCCUCCUCGCUGCGUUGUAUCGGCUGCGCAUCGAUGUUGUCAGCACCACCGUCCGGUCCUGGCUCCAGCCCUCGCACCACUCUCCCGGCUGCGAAGACUGCAUCAACGUUGGCGGCGUGCCCCAUGAUCGCCGCACCACAACUCGCGCCGCCGUCCGCCUUCUCUUUACGCCGAGCACCUCGCUCCCGUCCGGCCCGCCAGCCUGCGCAAGCCUUGCCGCAGCCAAAACCGGCCGCAUCUCCAAGCUCAUGUUCCUCUCAGACUGCACCAACGCGAUGCCGCACUGUUUGCGGCGUUCGCGCCGCAAGAAGAACCGACGCUUACAAGCCGUGGCAGCCCAACUGAGUGCCUCACCGCCCGCGCCGUGGACCACCUUGCCCAACGAGCUGUGGUCCAUCAUCAUGCAUAAGCUCGCCGCUGACGCGGUUGCGGACAUUGUUGCGCUUUCGGCCACCUGCACCCGGCUGCUCAGCCUUGCUCGCGACCCGCUUCUCUGGCGCAGCAUCGCUCGCCGUGUCGCAGACGCGUCACCGGCGGUCAUGGCCGCCCUGGCCGAGGCAAGCGAGCCGGGCUGCGACUGGUACGCCUACUUUCAGGCCGCUAUCCUUCCCGAGCUCCGCAGCUGCCUCUGCCCGGCUGCGACGACUGUGCCGCUGCUGCCCGGCCAUGGCCACGGCUACAUCUCGGUCCACACCCUUCAGAGUGAGCGAAGGACCCAGCACACCGGCGCACGCUCCUGCGCCGGAUGA